UAUCGUGAAUUAUAGCUAUCACGUUCACAAAGGCUGAACACCCCUCGUCUCAGGAAAAAGGCUGGGUUUAUCUCACAACAACUGUAGAUAAAGACAGCUCUUGUGUGUUUUGGGGGAACGCUGUCUGAAAGAACACAGGUGGUGCUGGCUUUAAAAAAAAAACAGGAGUGUUUGUCAGUUUGUCACAAAAUGACAAACGCAAAAGAAAAGAAAAAAAAAAGGAAUAAAUGGAGUUUGAUUGGUAAGAAGAAAUUGAAUUGUAAUAUUUCUUCAUCGUCAAGUACAUGUUACGGAACCGAGCGUUUCGAAAGGACAUGGAAUUAAAGAAAAAUGGAUUAAAUGGAGUUUGCAUGGAAAGUGGAGAUAGGGUAGUAAUAUAGCCUCAUCGUCAAGUACACGAGCCGAGCCUUUCGAGAUGGCAUGUAUAAGUGUGAACAGAGGGCACUUCGGAAGGAUUUCACGUGUACGACUCUGCGGGACCUGGACCUUGGGAACUACCUGAGGUUGUUGCGAAGAUCAAGCGACCGCUUCUCUACUGGAAUCAGGUCAGUGAAGCCUUUUUACGUGAAAACUUGAAUAUAAAACAGGUGGGUGUUUUCACGUUAAUCUAAUUACAUAAACAAAAUAACGCAAAGACGUGUUUUAUGUCAGUUUUUGUCAUUCACCAUGUCUUCAACUGGGCAAAACAGCUAUAUCAUGAUUAGGCAAAAAAAAAAGUUGUACGGAGGGCUACUGCAUAUAAGUUCCAGGCUUCCAGACUUGGUGAUAACUUGUAUCAAAAAGGUACAAGAAAUUAAAAGGCAUUAGAUAUUUCCUUAAAGUUUCCGCAAUACAGCCCACAGGCAGCCAAGGAACGGGAUGUUUGCAAGUAGAUUCCAUAAGCCGUCUGGCAGAUCAUUAAUCACACCAGUGAUUCUCACGGAGACAUGCGCGCCAAGACGGCUCCAGAAAACCUGCUCUGUAUUCCAACAAGCCAAUCAGGUGCAAGUAUACUUUACGCGGAGCAAUUAGGUGCGAAAAAUGGCGACAACACGACCGACUUCGCGAGACCGACAAGGCAAAACAACGAAUGCCAGGUCAAUAAAAGCCUUUCGUAACUACUAUUUGAUACUUUAAUGUUAUAUACGAUAUACUUACCGAAAUAAUCUAAUUUAAAAAAAGGGGGAAGCGAGGAAGAUAUUUUUGGAAAUUGCGAAACAAAUCUCAAAGCUGAAAAAGAAAUAAAGCAAGAUUUCUGAUACGUUACUGAUACGAAUUCUUCAAGAUUUCCGUGGCGGCAUUUGUUGUUGGUUUAGGAUAACGAAAAAGUGCCCAAAAAAGCCAAACAACUGCACUUUAAGAUAGCGAGGUCGUGCCCCUGUGCAAUACUGGUACCUGAUUGGCCGACUCUAAGCACGUGCACACUCUAGACCGUCUUAUCGAGACAUUUCGGUGUCAGAGUUUAGAAGGUUUGCAAUGGACAUGUCAGGCCCCUAUAAAUCACCAGUGAUAAACAAAACUUAUCCGAGCUCGGAAACCAUGCUCUGGUCCAGCCCGCCAAGACUCGCACAUCUGAAUAGUUGCCUCUACACACAACCCAGGAAAUCUCUAUACACGUACGGAGAAGGCGAGAGGGCUAACGAGAUCCUACAGGGGGAGCACUCUAGUAGACCGAACUACAGUUACCCUGUCCCGAAUGAGAAUCAAGGAAGCCAGAGUGAGCCUAUCACCCAGCAUCUUCUCGAUCCUAUCUACCCAUGGAUGAAGCCCAAGAAGGGAGGCAAAAAUCACUUUGCUUUUGUUAGAGAAUCAAAGAGGCACCGAACGAGUUACACCAACAAACAGCUCCUGGAGCUCGAGAAAGAAUUCCACUUCAACAAAUACCUCUGUAGCUCACGCCGAAGAGAAAUCUCAAAAGCCCUGCAGUUGACGGAGCGUCAAGUGAAAAUUUGGUUUCAGAACCGCCGAAUGAAAUGGAAAAAGGACGAGAAACAGAAAACAGAGGACUGUUAUAGUGCGCAUCAAGAGAACAUCGAGGAGAUUCCAUUAUCGUCGGCACUAGCGCCAUUGUACAUUCCAAACUCUCGGUCAGCGUGCCUUCACUCCUGAUAUCAGAAAAGUAAGAUAGCUAUAUAAUAUUAGCAUUCUAUAGAUUAUCUACUAUCCUAGAAAUCAGGAUUUGCAGACCGAAUUUAACCGGGGAUUUGUGGUUUAUUUAACUAUUUCCAAAACCUUCCGAACGUAGUUCCUCUAGAUUCCAUACGCCAUAUUGCGCCAAGAACCGGAUCAAAAGGUCUCACGCCAAUUGUGAAGCAAAAAUAAUUCCAUUUAUCUUUCUGCUUGAAUAUUUAAUUAUACAUUUUCACAAGUUGCAGAUCAUUCGUUAACUCCAAGCUCUAAUUUGUUGAUUUAUUUAAGUAUAACACAAAAGCAAGUAUCUUUUGAUUCUAAAGGACUGAAAUUCCAUCAGUGGAUAUUUGAAAUGGUCUGAAUGUUGACCAUUGAUUUUUACACAUUUCUCAUACAUAAAGCAGGCUAUUUUAAGUAAAUCAAUGUAAAUUGUCAACUAAAGACUCAUCUAGAAUCACGUCAGAAAAAACUAUCGAGGACUAGGGGUGUAAUGAUUCUCGCGAACUUUUUACCUCGAAUGCGCCCCCUAGGAAUAAGUCUAGUCUAGGUAAUAAAGAAAACUUGAACACUCAAUUAUCUUGAACAUUUACAUCCGUUAAUUGUAUAACAACUUGAUUUCACCUCGUUUAAUUAAAGAUCUCAUAAUUCGUACGGGUUUACUUUUUGCCCGCGCGAGACGCCAUUUUGUUAAACGAGCGGUAUUUCGUUUAUAAGAAAUGUCCUAUGUUUACAAUCAUCAUUUAUGUACAAUAUUUUAGAGUGUAAUAUAAAGUACAAUUAUGUAUACUUUUACAAUACACUCGUAUCAUUAAUCACUUUGUCCCAAUAAAGUGCACCAAACACU